CCUCUAUGACGAUACUUUCGAUUUCAUUUGUGUAGACACGGAUUGAUAAAACACAGCAGUAAAGAGAGGAAUCAACGAGGCAUGUCCAAAACGGCUUUACGAGUAUGAAUAAGCUAGGAGAAUACACAAAUACACAACUAUUUGUACUGACGUACACUUGUUUUCGCUUUAGCUCAAUUGGAAGUGUGUCACGGAUAAUUUGAAAGAAAGAUAACACCACAUACUACAAUGUCCACGUGCAAAGCGUUCGUGUUGGCGGUGAUUCUUGCGCUGUGCACGGGUAUCUCGGGGGGCCAGUGUCCAGCGAAUUGUAAUUGCACCGGAACUGCCGUAAGAUGCAUUGGACAACAACUGUCGACCAUACCCCUUUCCCUACCGGACGCUACCCUCUUGGAUCUAUCCAACAAUAUGCUCGCAUCACUACCCGACGAUGCGUUCAAAGAUUGGCCAAAUCUAACGGAACUGAAUCUUGGAAACAACCGAUUGCGCAACAUUUCCCAGGCGACGUUCAGGGGCUUGACAAAACUACUCCGACUGUAUUUAACCCACAACGAACUCGAACCCAUAUACGACGGUGUAUUUGAAGGACUCCCGAAUCUGGAACUUCUUCACCUUGGAUACAACCGAUUACGCAACAUUUCCAAGGCGACGUUCAGGGGCUUGACAAAACUACUCCGUCUGAAUUUAUGGUUCAACGGACUCGAAUCCAUAGACGACGGUGUAUUUGAAGGAGUGCCGAAUCUGACCACUCUGGAACUUCUAGGCAACCGAUUACGCAACAUUUCACAGGCGACGUUCAGGGGCUUGACAAAACUACUCCAUCUGUAUUUACCGUACAACGGACUCGAAUCCAUAGACGACGGUGUAUUUAUAGGAGUGCCGAAUCUGACCUAUCUGGACCUUCAACGCAACCGAUUCCGCAACAUUUCACAGGCGACGUUCAGGGGCUUGACAAAACUAUUGUUUCUGCAUUUAAACCACAACGAACUCGAAUCCAUAGACGACGGUGUAUUUGAAGGAGUGCCGAAUCUGACCCAUCUGAUCCUAAUAGGCAACCGAUUACGCAACAUUUCACAGGCGACGUUCAGGGGCUUGACAAAACUAUUUGUUCUGUACCUUGACGGCAAUCAAUUACGCAACAUUUCACAGGCGACGUUCAGCGGCUUGACAAAACUAUUUUUUCUGGAAUUAUCCGACAACGAACUCGAAUCCAUAGACGACGGUGUAUUUGAAGGAGUGCCGAAUCUGGGCUAUCUUCAUCUCAAAAACAAUCCGCUCUACUGUGACUGCCAGCUGCGCCGGCUCGUUGAGACAUCACAGGACCGGCAGUCCCAGCUCAAAGUAAUCGACGCCGUGUGUAGUGAGCCCGCAAAUCUGAAGGGGAGUGACAUAAGGAACGUCACCCUAGGGAAUCUCAACUGCAGAAAUGGCGGCGUUUGUGUGGAAAACGGAACGGACUACACGUGUUCAUGCAAGAAUGGGUGGACAGGAAAGAACUGUGAACUCGUCGUCUGUACCUGGUCCGGACAUUGUAACGACCGUGGAACAUGUGUUCCAACAUCAACCAAUACCGACUAUACGUGUAGUAAUUGCGCUUCAGGGUGGAAAGGAAAAAGUUGCCACCUCGUUGAUUGUAGCACUAGAUCGUAUUGCACCAAUGGCGGUGUUUGUGUGGAAAAAGAAACGGACUACACGUGUACAUGCAAGAAUGGGUGGACAGGAAAGAACUGUGAACUCGUCGUCUGUAGCUGGUCUGGACAUUGUAACGACCGUGGAACGUGUGUCCCAACAUCAACCAAUACAGACUAUACAUGUAACAAUUGCGCUUUAGGGUGGAAAGGAAAAAGUUGUCAUCUCGUUGUCUGUACCUGGUCCGGACAUUGUAACGACCGUGGAACAUGUGUUCCAACAUCAACCAUUACCGAUUAUACAUGUAGUAAUUGCGCUUCAGGUUGGAAAGGAAAAAGUUGCCACCUCGUUGAUUGUAGCACUAGAUCGAAUUGCACCAAUGGCGGUGUUUGUGUGGAAAACGAAACGGACUACACGUGUACAUGCAAGAAUGGGUGGACAGGAAAGAACUGUGAACUCGUCGUCUGUUCCUGGUCUGGACAUUGUAACGACCGUGGAACGUGUGUCCCAACAUCAACCAAUACAGACUAUACGUGUAACAAUUGCGCUUUAGGGUUGAAAGGAAAAAGUUGCCAUCUCGUUGACUGCAGCAGUGGAUCGUAUUGCACAAAUGGCGGCGUUUGUGUGGAAAACGGAACGGACUACACGUGUACAUGCAAGAAUGGGUGGACAGGAAAGAACUGUGAACUCGUCGUCUGUACCUGGUCCGGACAUUGUAACGACCGUGGAACAUGUGUUCCAACAUCAACCAAUACCGACUAUACGUGUAGUAAUUGCGCUUCAAGGUGGAAAGGAAAAAGUUGCCACCUCGUUGAUUGUAGCACUAGAUCGUAUUGCACCAAUGGCGGUGUUUGUGUGGAAAACGAAACGGACUACACGUGUACAUGCAUGAAUGGGUGGACAGGAAAGAACUGUGAACUCGUCGUCUGUACCUGGUCUGGACAUUGUAUCGACCGUGGAACGUGUGUCCCAACAUCAACCAAUACAGACUAUACAUGUAACAAUUGCGCUUUAGGGUGGAAAGGAAAAAGUUGCCAUCUCGUUGAUUGCAGCAGUGGAUCGUAUUGCACAAAUGGCGGCGUUUGUGUGGAAAACGGAACGGACUACACGUGUACAUGCAAGAAUGGGUGGACAGGAAAGAACUGUGAACUCGUCGUCUGUACCUGGUCCGGACAUUGUAACGACCGUGGAACAUGUGUUUCGACAUCAACCAUUACCGACUAUAAAUGUAGUAAUUGCGCUUCAGGGUGGAAAGGAAAAAGUUGCCACCUCGUUGAUUGUAGCACUAGAUCGAAUUGCAUCAAUGGCGGUGUUUGUGUGGAAAACGAAACGGACUACACGUGCAUUUGCAAGAAUGGGUGGACAGGAAAGAACUGUGAACUCGUCGUCUGUACCUGGUCUAGACAUUGUAACGACCGUGGAACGUGUGUCCCUACAUCAACCAAUACAGACUAUACGUGUAACAAUUGCGCUUUAGGGUGGAAAGGAAAAAGUUGCCAUCUCGUUGAGGCGUCAACAUCCCAAGCGCCGGAAUACCAAUCAACUGCCUCGUCUACUACGGAAUCGUUGACAUCUAUGUACAUCGGCGUCGGGGUUGGCUUCUUUGUGUUGGUUGUCAUCAAUGUAGCAGUUAUUGUCAUCGUAACAAAGAAACUCCGAAGAAGAAAUACUCCCAUGCCAAACACCUUUACUCCCCAGAUAAAUGAGGGGAGAGAGUAUCAAACACUGACAGCCCGUGGUCUCAUAGAAAGCGUUUAUGAUCGCAUAGCAGACCGUGAUGUGCAUUUGAGUGAGUAUGAAAACUUAAAGAUUGCCACAGAGACGAGUUUGUAGUCUAACGUCCCCCCAAUACAGGGUGCCACUAGCAGCACGGAUGACUUUACCUAAGACCAAUAACUGCAAAGCUGUCGUAAGACAUAUCAAUACCACUGACAACGAAAUACUAGCCGUUACGUUAAACGAGUGUCAUUUGCAAGAUUACAUCAGUGACAACAGAGCAUUCGAUGGGUAUACAUGCCUCGCUUAAAAAAACAAGCGAUUGUUCCUUCGCACAAAACAUGAAGGACAUCAGAUUGUUAUAUACACAUGUAUGCAACCUUGUCAAGUAGGAAGGAAUAAUUUAUAUUGUUAAAGAUAAAUAAAACAAAAGGUUAUUUAUUUGCAUUCGUAUUCAUAAAUUAUAUAUCACAAAAGUAAUACCAAAUACAAAUUAAGACGUGAAAACAUGUUUAGAUAAUAUGUGUUCUCUCAAACCGGUAUCUGUUUAUUGAUGUUUGCGACCAAUUGUUUGUGUGUGAUUUUCCUUAAUGUCCUUACAUGAUAUUCUAACAUUAAACUAUUUCUCUGUCGCUUCAUUUCGUUGUGUGCGUUUGGUUAAUAUUAUGUUUAUUCUUGAUGUACAAUAACGCUGCACAAUGUGAAUGUAUAUUUACGUAUUUCGUAUCGCUAUGCCAUGCAGCAAAAUACUCCAAUCUUAAACGACGAGUUCAGAGUAAAGCCGUCACAUUUUGAAUUGCUGAAUCCCUUCUAUUGAAAUAAUGCGAUUUAAGCGCACAAGUUUGCUGAAAAUGCAAAAAAAUAAAUUUUAACAACGUUCCUUUUUAUUUUUAUUAAUGAAAACUUAAGUUAAUUGACCGUUGGCUUAAUAUUCGUCGUCCGGAAUGCGCUAAAUGUUGGACAAAGCAGACAAUAUUAUGGAAGUACAAAUUAAUUUGACCCUUGUUAAUUCAUUUUAAAACCAUUUUAAAAUAGUAUAUU